AAGAGAGGCAAACAAAUAUUGUUCUUAUUAUAACGUGCAAUCAGAGUGACAACGAAAUACUCUAAGCGAAAGUAUAAAAAGAAGAUUAUAAUUAAGAAUCUAAUUUUAGUUGUAUUUUAGACGUUUUAGUGACUAAUUGUAUUAUAAAAAUUUAUUAAAUAAUCUCAAUCCUAAUUAUGGCUGCUGAAUUUUGGCGAAAUCGUGUUGCCGUAGUUACUGGUGCUAGUACCGGAAUUGGUGCUGAAGUUUGUGUUACUUUAGCUAAUAAUUACAUGGUUGUUGUUGGUUUAGCCAGACGUACACAAUUAAUUGAAGAUCUAAACACAAGAGUUACUGGGCUUGGAAAAAUCUUUGCCAUAGAAUGUGAUCUAACGGAUACAUCGAGCAUAGUAAAUGCAUUCGAACAAAUAAAAGCUAAAUUUCAUACUGUUCAUUUGUUGGUUAAUGGAGCUGGACGUACUGUGGCUAACUUUUUAUUGGAAAGUUCAGCGGGAGAGGUCAGAGAUGUGUUUGACUUGAAUGUGGUAGCAGCAUGUACAUGUAUAAUGCAAUCAGUGGAACUUAUGAAAAUCCAUGGACUACGAUCACAUAUAAUUAUCAUCAAUAGCAUUCUUGGUCAUAAAGUUAUGGAACUACCAAAACCAGCAUAUAAUGUAUAUCCAGCUACGAAACAUGCACUUACAGCACUUUGUCAAACUGUGAGGCAAGAAAUUCGUUACAAUAAGUUAAAUGUCAAACUUACGAGCAUCAGUCCUGGAAUGGUUGAAACUGACUUCCUUAAAGUAUACAAUCCAGCAUCGUAUGCUCCAUAUCCGAAAUUGCAACCAAAAGAUGUUGCCGAUGCAGUUGUUUAUGCUUUGCACACACCGCCCAAUGUACAGAUUGAGGAAAUUAUACUUCAAGCAAUACCUGAAUACAAAAAGGAAGAAAAAUAAUUUUUGAGAGUUGGUGAACUCAUGAUUACAUACGAUUUAAUUAAAAAAAAAAAAAUGAUAUUCAAAGAA